CCUUUUCAUUCUUUUCAUUCUUCUCUCAACUCAUAUAAAUUCAAACCACAAUCCAACCAUUUCUACUUAACAAACAACAAUUUAUGAAGACAUCAUCAUUCACUGACCUCCUUUCAAACAACUAUAGUAACAUAAACAUGAACAUGGAUGAUUUUGGUGAUGCUCUUAUUCAAAACCAAGAAUCUGUUCCAAAAUUCAAGUCUGUUACACCACCUUCACUACCACUUGAGAACUCACAAACUUCUUCUUACUUUCCUUUUACAUCAUCAACUUUUAGCCCAACUGAGUUUUUGAACUCAUCUUUGUUCCUUUCUUCUCCUAAUAUUUUUGCAUCUCCUACUAUUGAGGCUUUUGCUGGCCACAGCUUCAACAACAAGGAAGAUGAGAAGAACUUCUCUGAAUUCUCUUUCCAAACACAGACUAAGACAGCUUCUCCCUCUCAAGCAGAACCACUUAAGACACAAGACAUGUGGAAAUUCACAGAACCUAUAAACCAAGCUGAAUUUUCAUCUCAGAGGGAAGCAACAAAAUCUGAAUAUCCAUCAACACAGAGCUUCUCCUCAGAAAUGGUAGCAACAAAACCCGAAUUACAAAGCAAUUCGGUGCCUGAGUCCGGUUCUUUCAACUAUGCUAACACGUCUCAGUCCAUUAAAGAACAAAGGAGAUCAGAAGAUGGUUACAAUUGGAGGAAAUAUGGACAGAAACAAGUGAAAGGGAGUGAGAAUCCAAGGAGCUAUUACAAGUGCACGCAUCCGAGUUGCGCAAUGAAGAAGAAAGUUGAGAGGUCUUUGGAGGGACAAAUUACUGAGAUAGUGUAUAAGGGAACUCAUAAUCAUCCUAAGCCACAGAGUACUAGAAGAAGUUCAAGCUCUCAACAAAUUAUUCAUCAGCAGCCUUCUUCAUCCUGCACUAACUCAGGAAUCUCGGAUCAGUCAGUGGUGACACUAGGCAAUCCUCAACUUGAUCGUGUGUCGAUGCAAGAAGAUUCUUCAGCUUCUAUGGGAGAGGAAGAAUUUGAACAAACUUCUCCAACAAGUUACUCUGGUGGAGAUGCAGAUGAACUUGGACCAGAUGCCAAAAGAUGGAAGGGGGAGAAUGAACAUGAUGGUCAUUCAGCCUAUGGAAGUAGAACUGUUAGGGAACCUAGAGUUGUAGUUCAAACUACAAGCGAAAUCGAUAUUCUUGAUGAUGGCUACAGAUGGAGGAAAUAUGGACAGAAAGUAGUUAAAGGAAAUCCAAAUGCAAGGAGUUAUUACAAAUGCACAGCCCCUGGUUGUUCAGUGAGGAAACAUGUUGAGCGAGCCGCGACUGAUAUAAAAUCAGUGAUCACAACUUAUGAAGGGAAACACAACCAUGAUGUGCCUGCAGCACGCGGCAGCGCAGGUUACAACAUGAACAGAAACUCUCUAAAUAGAAACAAUAGCAAUGCACCGGCGGCACCAAUAAGGCCUGCGGCCGUGAAUGGUUAUUCUAGCGCGCCGAAUUUCACAAAUUCACUUUACAAUCCUAGGCUUCCGGCCACCGGAACUCAAGAAUCAUCUUCCCUAGACAUGCUGCAAGGCUCUGGACUUUUCGGCUACACGUCUCUUGGAAGAUCAAUGGGUUCAUAUGGAAACAAUUCGCAACUCUCGGAUGGUGUAUACAUCAAGGCCAAGGAUGAAAGGAAGGAUGACUCAUUCCUUGAGUCAUUUCUUUCAAAGAACUAAGUUUGGAAUACACCACUUUGCAGAUGCUAUCAUGGACAUGUUUUUGUAUAGCAUAUAGGAUCUUAGUUACUCAUAGCAAAAGACAGAAACAGAGAAAGAAGCAAGAAUGUUUACAUGUAUUAGAUUAGAGACAUAGUGAUAGGAAAGUUUGACCAGAAGAAGGUUCUUUAAUCGGCUUUGUUGGCUGAUGAAUACUUUUAUUCUUUUGUUGUAUUUGUUUCACAGAAAGAAAGCAAAAAAGGUUUCUUUUAUAAGAUUCUAAUAGUCGAUUACUUUGUAAAA